AUGUCUCUCACCUCUCUGCUCCUGGCCGAGCUUCUGCUGGUCACAACAGUAACAGCUUCACACUUCUAUGGAGGCUCAAUGACCUUCAACCCAAGAAGGAAUCAUGAUGGAUCGUACAAGGUUGAGCUUCGCUUCAAGACAACCUACCAUUCCUGUUAUGGAUAUGAUUACUGGCAAUGCAGCUCUGGACACUGUGGAAAUGAUGUCAGUACUGUGAUUGGUAAAGUAGAUUCGAGUCUCAAUGGUGGCAAUUGGUGUCAGUCUGAGGGAGUGAUAACAAAGAUGGUUUCCACCAACAGCCCAUUCCAGCUCCUCAAAAGUGGUUGUUGCUGGAUCUAUAACACAGUCUCAUAUUCUGGAGACUGGAGUCUUCUCACUUACAUUGACCUCGGUGUGAGAUCAGACACCUCAGAGCCUAACCGAUCGCCCAUAUCCACCACCCUACCAUUUGUCAGAGUUCCUCAGAACUGUCCCAGGAGGUACAAUCUUUUAGCCUUUGAUCCUGAUGGUGACCAUGUCACAUGCAGAUUUGGACUCAGACAAAACCAGGAGUGUGGAAUCUGCAACCAGCCUGCUGGUUUUACAUUGAAUCAGCAUAACUGUUCUCUGUCAUAUUCACACACAUCGGUCCGUGGAGUUUAUUCUUUUGAGCUGGUGCUAGAGGAUUUCCCCAUUCGCAAGAUUACUCUGUCCUACACUAACCAACCCUCAAAGGAAAAGUUUCCAAACAGUUUCAUCAGAAACCGACGUGCUAUUAAUUACUAUGGAACCACUGCUACAACAGAGAUUAUAACAACCACACUGUCACCUGAGACGUCCACGACGACACCUGAGACAACCACAACUACACCUGAGACAACCACAACACCACCUGAGACAACCACCACAACACCUGAGACAACCACAACAACACCUGAGACAACAACUACUACACCAACAACCACAACACCUGAGACAACCACAACACCACCUGAGACCACCACCACGACACCUGAGACAACAACUACUACACCAACAACCACAACAACACCUGAGACAACAACUACUACACCAACAACUACAACACCACCUGAGACAACAACUACUACACCAACAACCACAACAACACCUGAGACAACAACUACUACACCAACAACUACAACAACACCUGAGACAACCACCACAACACCUGAGACAACAACUACACCAACAACCACAACACCUGAG